CUCCCGGUCUUGCCCCCCCGGCGGCAGCGGCGGCUCCCGCUGCGCUCCCGGUGCGCGUCCCGCCCGGCCCGGCGGGUCCGGCCACUGCGGCGGGCGGGGGCAGGAGCCGCGUGUCCCCGCAGCGGGCCCGGCGGCGGCAGGUGAAAAGUCCUAAAGAUGAACAGCAAUGCACCACACGUGUCUUCAAAACUGACUUGGCUAGAAGUGGAAUGUAGUUUCCUGACAGAUCUUCUUACAAGGAAGUUGUAAAUCCUUUCUAAUGGCCAACAAGAAAGAGCCUCCUUUUUUCAAUAAGGAUAGUAUGGGACCGUUUCACUACAAGCUUCCUUUCUAUGAAACUAUGGAGCUCUUCAUUGAAACGCUCACAGGAACAUGCUUUGAACUGCGAGUUUCCCCCUUUGAAACAGUCAUUUCUGUGAAAGCUAAAAUUCAAAGACUGGAAGGUAUUCCUGUCUCUCAGCAGCACUUAAUUUGGAAUAAUACGGAACUGAAGGAUGACUAUUGUUUGAAUGAUUAUAACAUUUCAGAAGGCUGCACUCUGAAGUUAGUUCUGGCUAUGCGAGGUGGACCUGUUAACACCAGAAGAGUUCCUGUGAAAGACCCUAUCAGGGAAAUGGCUGAAUACAUGGAUCCUACGCGAGACAAGACCUGGGAGAAAGUGCCAUCCAACAAACAAGUUACCUUCUUAGUAUAUCGAGAAGGAGAUAGGUUGAAUUUCUUCCGUGUGGUUGACCGGGGUGAUGGCACUUUAACACCGUUAUCUGAGUCUUUGAGCAGUGGUUCAGUUUAUAAUAUAUAUGCUGAUGAUGAAGAUGAGACAGAGGCAUCACCUUCUGGACAACAGAUUAUUGAGAAUUCCAUUACUAUGAAUAAAAUGAAACUGCUCAAGGCAAAGAUGGAGAACAUGAAUCUGAGUAAAAAGCCUAAGAAGACUGUCAAGGUGAAACCUCGUCCUCCAAUAACUCCUCGACCAUCUAGUGGCUCAGUGGCUGCUGCGCGUCACCGCUUUUUACGAGUGCUCCCCCAUAUCGGACAGUCGUGCCUACCUCCUCCUGGGAAUUUGCAUCAGUCGGAGUCUUCCCAAAACGCACUUUCAGCAUUGGCUACUUUGGCCACUGCUGGCAGAACAAUGCCAUCCACAGUUAAUCACUUCCUUAAGGAAGAUGACACUUGGCAGAGCAGCUCUUGGUCUCAGCCAGUUGGUACCAUCAGGUUACCACCAAAAAUAUCGCGCGUCGAACUAGAAAAUGCAAAACUACCUACAAAUGGUGUUCUGACUCCUGUGUCAUCCCUGCCUGCGAAUUCAGAAAAAGCAUCUGAAAAUGUGACCUCAGCAAGUGAGGAGGAUGCUGUUUUAUUUCCAGAUCUAACAAAUGGAGAACUAUAUGGAACAGAAGAAGAACACCUACCUGAAUCCAAUGCUUUUACUUUUUUAACGGAAGGAAGCACCGCUGAACAGUGCAGUGAGAUAUAUGAUAUGGGAAAAGUGAACCCAGAGCUUGAACUGCCUGAUGGAGACAAAGAGUCUAAGGUUGUAGAGCAGCAUAGAAAACCUAUUGGCAAAGUGCUGGGCACUGCAGCAGUGGAGACUGGUCUUCUCCGUACUCGUGAAUUAAGUCCUCAGAAAAAUCUGCUUUUAUCACCCCUUCGGUAUUCAGCACAAGCAGCGUGUCACAGUUCUCUGAAACCACAAGCACAACCCAGAUGCUUUGAGGCUAGUAACUUGAGAUCUGCAGCCUCCCCGAACGUGCUUCAGUCACUGGAAGUACGUAGUAUAGCAGACUCCUCUUUUCCUAGGACUGCUAGAUUUUGUAGUGUGAAAGUAGAGUCACUUGGCAAAAGACCUGAUGUGAUUUCUAAAGCAGAGGAUAGGGACGUUACAGAUGUGGCUAGCAAGGCAUCCAAAGAAUCUGUGAGUUCUGUAAGUAACUUAGGAUUUCUGGCUUCGCUGGCCCGAAGCACAAACAGGGAAAGUUUACAGAGUUCCUGUGGGACAGGCAGGUUUCGGACUUCUGGUAUUGCACUACCUACAAACCUGCAACAUUUUCAGGAAGAAAGCUUUAGGAAAACUGCUCCUCCAAAUGAAGCUGCUGAAUAUAUUCUAUCUGCGCACGGGCUUGGAAUGAAUGGAAGUAUGGCAGCUGUAGGGAAAAGAGUAGGUGAAGCAACCUAUCUUCCACCUGUGAAUGGUUUAAUUCAAGCAAAAAAGAAAAUUACAAAGCACUGCUUUCUUUGUGGCAAGAAAACUGGAUUGGCAACCAGCUAUGAGUGCAGAUGUGGAAACAACUUCUGUGCAACACACCGCUAUGCAGAGACCCACACCUGCACCUAUGACUAUAAGAGUGCAGGGCGAAGGUAUUUGCAGGAAACCAAUCCCAUCGUUAGUGCACCAAAGCUUCCCAAAAUCUGACAUGGUUGUGCUGCAUGUGGCCAUUCUGCUGUUGAAGAACUGUGUUGAAUUGAGAGAAGCACUUGCUUUAAACUGCAUAAUUUUACCAUGCUCCAUAUUUGAAGAUUUGCCAAGUAACAAAAGCACAUGAGGAUGCAUCCUAUCGAAGAAUAAUGUGAACACUACUGCAGUUAAGACUUUUCUUCUUGAGUGAAUGAAAGGUUAAAAAUUAGUUUCUAAAAACUUACACUAUGAUUAACUGUUACUGCACGUGUUGUGUUUUAUAUUUGGAAAAGCUAUUUCACUAGACAAGUCUUUAAAGAUGCACUUUACUAACUUUAUGUAUAACUAGAGUUGAGGGGGUGUUGUAAUGAGGGUGUCAUGUAAUGUCUUCUGUACUCUUGCGUUUUUGUCCAUUGUGUGGUAUCUUUUAAGUUAUUUCACUAGAAAGGUCCUCCUCCUUCCCCUUUCGUCAAACAGCCUGUUUUGAGAUUUUUAAGGGGAUAGUGUGUUCCACCUCUCUGUUUCAUUCUGAUUGGUAUUCAUACAUUGUGUGUCCAUUCUGAAAAUUACAUAUCAUCUUAAUCACAUUUUCUUAAAAUAAUACUGUUUAUAUGACAAGUUUGUUUCUAAAUAGAAGGUUCCCUGUUUGUUGCCAUUAAAUAUAAGAAACAACUUACUUUAACUUUUUUUGUAAUCCUAGAUUUUUUUAAGACUUCACAACUUGGUUUGUUAAGAUGUUGAAUGCUGUUACUGGAAGAAAUUCUAAUAAAUAUUAAAUUUUAUUCUGGUUUAUGUGUUAUAAAUGCACAAAAUAACUUGUCUCAUACAGCAUGUUUCUAAAUUAAAAGUUGGGCUCUGUUGGGAGCAUAUAUAUAUUUAAUUUUUUUUUCCACGAGUUCAUGCUGAAGAAGAAUUCCCACCAGCUUCAUCAGGAAUAGUGUGACCAACACUGUGUACUUUUAAAUAAACCUCCUGAAAUCUUACAAAUGUACGAGCAAAGGCAAAAUGGAUGUUCAAUAAAUGGUAUAUGUUAAGCUUUCUCCCCUCCAGCUGAUACUGUGUAAGGGCAGUUCAGUAAAUGCAUUAGACACCUCUAAUGAACAUGCAGCUACUGCAGAAAGUGAUGCUGGAAGAAUAUACCUACUAGAAAACUUCCCUAAUUCAUUCCAUUAAUGCUUCUGAAAUAUUUCUAUAGAAGUUUUAUUAAGUGUUCCAGUAUAAAGAGAUAAAUAAAAACCUACAACAACCCACCAAAACAAAAGAAAUCCCCCCACACUAUAUGUAGGUAAUCAAAUGUCAUUCAUGAUCCCUGUCUUAUCAAAGUCCUCAGCUACUUAGUUGGUUGUGGUAUUAAAAUGGUCUAUGCUGCACUCAAACAAGAGCAGCUUAUGAGAAUGAAAGUCAAAAGUUGGACCAAAAAAGAGACUUGGUGAAAGAGGGAGAAGUAACUCGAAGAAUCUUGUCCUUGUAGGAAAUCCAUUUGGUGUAGUCUACUAAAACUUCUUAAACCUGAAGUUUUCACAGAAUGAUGAACUUGGUAAAAAAUGUUUGCAAUCAUCCUUCUGGGCAGUGAUAAGAUAAAAAUAUAGUUCUGUGUGUGUGACCUCCAAGCUUAUUAUUACUGGAGAAGGUUGCAUAUGGUAUGAAGAAAAUGUCAUUACUGAGCCAUGCUAGAUACCAUAAACAUGCCUGUAGUUUUUGUUUCCUCUCCAGCAUGGGACAGUACUUGAUGUUGAAGGAAAAGAAUAAGGAGCAUGACAAAUGUACUAGUGAUUUCCCAACAAUUUCUCGCGUGCAGCUCAGCAACUUUCUGAAGACAGAAGCAUUGUUGUUUUUGAAGGUACAGUAGAGAUCUGGUAAGAAGUAGAAUUAAAAGAUAUCAUCUGUCAUCACUUAGUCUGAUUUUGCAUGAGUAAAAUCGUCAGGAAACUGUUUUGCAGUGCGUUAGAAUGGCCAUACUCAAAUUUUAGUAACACUGCAUAACAGAUGUGUGGCAGGAAGUCUGAGUCACAUCUCACUUUUGACUCUCCCUUUCUGCAUAUGUAUAAUGAAGUGUUUUUUCAGAAAAUGCAAUACAGGAAUAAUUUAAUUUCCCUGUGUAUAGCUUCUCAUAAUUUUUAUUACAGCUUAUUUUAAUUAUCCUUAAUACAGACAUUUCUUCUGCAGAACUCUACUGGUUUUGUUCUUGUAUCAAUACCAUGUUACAGGCUUCCAUUUUCAGCCAGUAGUACAGCCCUAAGAGCACUUUAAUUUGUAAUGAACUGUUUCAGUUGCUAAUUUAGAUGCUAUUGGCUUUUACCAAAUCCUGUGUUAGAUUACGCUAUGGAAUAAUUACUGUUUACUGUAAAACUUACCUAAAUGGUUUAGUUUUGAGCAUUAAUCAGUGUUCCAUGGUGCUACACAUCUGCUUAAAACAAAUGAUUAGCUUUUGUGUGUUUGUUCAUGUAAUUGGCUUAUUGUACUGAUAAAGCAUUUACAUACUGGAAGUUUAGCAGUUACUUUGGUGUGUACUUCUCUACCUUCCUGCCACCUAUUUUUUGCAUGCUUCAUUGAUGCUUGAGAACCUAUGAGGCAAAACCAGGCUGGUCUCUUGUUGAAUGACCUCCAGGAUUCCUGUGUCAAAUUUAUAAGAACCACAGAGGUGUCAGAAAUGCUUUUGGAUCUUGAAUUAAAUAUUUCCUUUUUCCAAAAUCUUUAGAAGCCCAUGGUGAUAAAAAUCUCUUCUUGCAGUUUCUGUCUGUUCAGUUUGCAGUCCCCUGUGGUGUAAUUGCACUGGUGCCUUCUCUAACAGUCUUCAGUUGUAGACAAGGCUAGUAUUGUUAAUGCUUUAUAUUACAGAAUGAAGUUUUUCUAGCUUUUUUGCAUGUCAUGAACUAGACAAUUUGGUUUCUUUUCAAGUUUCUUUACACUUGUGGGUGUAAAUGGUGGAUUUGGCGUUGCUUCUGCCUGUAAGGAGCUGCUUCUACCUGCAGCUUUUGUGUUGGGGCAUGUUUUUCCAAUCUUUAUGUAAAUCAGGUUCAUCUCAAGAUGCAUUUGGCAGUUUUUCUGGUAUCUAUGUUAGCACUGAGCCACAGUUGCUUACAAGAGGACAUAUGUAACCUGAGGACUGGAGCCACCUGCCCUACAAAAUCAGGCUGAGAAAGUUGGGACUGUUCAGCCUGGAGAAGAGGAGGUUGAGUGGAGAUGUGAUAGCAACCUUCCAGUGUCUGAAGGGCACCUACAGGGAAACAGGAGAGGGACUCUUCAUCACAAACUGUAGUGAUAGGACAAGGAGUAAUGGGUACAAAGUGGAAGAGGGGAAAUUUAGGUUAGAUAUUGGGAAGAAAUCUCUUACUAUGAGGGAGGGUUGUUUACACAUUGGAACAAGGUUGCCCAGGGAGGCUGUGGAUGCCUCAACCCUGGCAGUGUUCAAAGCCUUGAGCAACCUGGUCUGGUGGGAGAUGUCCCUGCACAUGGCAGGGGCAGUUGAGACCAGAUGAGCUUUUAAGGUCCAUUCCAACCCCUUAACAUUCUAUGAUUCUAUGUGAAGCUGUGGAACAGUUGUGUGAGCCUAUGCUACUGCUGAUUACAGUAGUUUUUACCUUGAUUGUAGUUUGGGGUGGUUUUGCAAUCUUUGUAAUGGUUGGAGUGUUGUGUGGAAAACAGUGGAAAAGGUACUACCUUAUUAUUAUUAAAAAUAUUAUUACUUAUUGUCCUGUUUAAGGUUAUUGUCUAAAUAAAUCAAAAUAUGUGUUUAAUAGGAAGAUUAACUUAGCCUGUUUCAUGUGAAGCUGGUAUGUUUAGAGAUAUUGGGAGAUUGUGAAUGGUAACCCAUCAUUUUUAAUAUCUAGAUCUGUAACUAUUCACUUUCUCAGCAGAAGUUUGCUACCUACACAAGGCAAAUAUACAAAUAAAAGGUUUUGCAAGCAAAACUUUUUAACUAAGCAGAAGUUCUUUUCUGUGCAUUUUGCCAGAAAAGAGCAAUUGCUUGGAAAGAUAACAAGCGUUGUGUUUCAAUCAUGACACAUUACACAAAGGUCAAAGGAUGUCGGAGGAGACCCCAGUCUGAGCAUGGAUUUGGGAAAAAUCAGUCAAAUGUACAAAAUGGUGACAGAACUAGGUAUUUAUAAAGAUGCUUAGGCUAUUUAUUAUUACUGGGUUUAACCUAUUUUAUAUUCCUAGCCAGUCUUUAUUCCCUAAUCAAUGAAACAUGGAUUCCUUUCUUUAUCAAGUAGCCUUUUGGGAUGAGUAUUUCAGCAAGUUGGUCUUUGCCUUCCCCAUUGCUUUGUUUACAGUAGGGUGGGUGCUUGCAUU